AUGGCUACUGAAAUCCACGCCUCGGUCCUACAUGCGGCCAAAGACCUUCGCGUAGAAACCCGCACCGUAUCCCCACCCGCCGCCGACGAAGUCCAAAUCCACAUCGCCUCCACCGGCCUCUGCGGCAGCGACCUGCACUACUACUCGCAUUUCCGCAACGGCGACAUCCUCGUCCGCGAACCCCUCAGUCUCGGCCACGAAUCCGCGGGCAUCGUCACCGCCGUAGGAUCCUCCGUUUCAAACUUCCAGCCAGGUGACAAAGUCGCCCUCGAAGUUGGUCUUCCCUGUGAACAAUGCCAGCGGUGCAAGCAGGGACGGUACAACAUCUGCAAAGAUGUGAGAUUCCGGAGUAGUGGGAAGUGUUUCCCGCAUUUCCAGGGCACGUUGCAGGAGAGGGUGAAUCAUCCGGCGAAGUGGGUGUACAAGUUGCCCGAGGAGUUGAGUAUGGAUGUUGGGGCACUGUUGGAGCCUUUGGGCGUUGCUUUGCAUGCUUUCAGACGGAGCCUUAUGCCUGAAAAUGCGACUGUGGUCGUGUUUGGCGCGGGAGCUGUGGGGUUGCUAUGUGCUGCUGCGGCGAAGUUGAGGGGCGCUGGGAAGGUGGUUAUUGCGGAUAUCGAUGCUGGGAGAUUGGACUUUGCGGUGCAGAAUGGUUUUGCGCAUGCCAGUUAUACUGUGCCGAUGAGGCGGGGGAAGGAUAUUGACGAGAGUUUGCAAAUCGCCAAGGAGACGGCGGAGGAGAUUGGGAAGGUUGAUGGGGUAGGUGAGGUGGAUGUGGUGUUCGAGUGUACCGGAGUGCCAUCCUGUGUACAGGCUGGCAUCUACGCAACAAGACCAGGCGGCCGCAUCAUGCUCGUAGGCAUGGGCCAUCCCAUCCAGACUCUCCCCCUUGGAGCCGCAGCCUUGCGAGAAGUCGACAUCGUCGGCGUCUUCAGAUACGCCAACACCUACCAAGAAAGCAUCGACAUCGUCCUCCAAGCCCAGAAAUCCUCCGAAGGACCUGACUUCUCGAAGCUCAUAACGCAUCGUUUCGCUGGCUUCGAAGACGCCGUCAAGGCCUUUGAGAUGGCGAGUAAAACGAAGGAUGCGGACGGCAAGCUUGUGCUGAAGGUGGUUAUCGAUAGUAGUGAAGACGCAAAGGCGAGGCUGUAG